AUGAUCCAUCGAAGGGAAGGCAUUCCGGUAGCUAAUCAGAUGGUGGUGUUCAACGGGAAGUGGCUCGAGGAUUUUCGAACGCUUGCAGAUUGUAAUAUCGUCAUGGAUUCGACGUUGCACCUUUUUGUUUCGAGCUGGAAGAUGAAGAUUUGGGUGGAGGUGGAGAUUGGUGGGGAUAAUGGAUUCUCGUUCGCGUUGGAUGUUGAUGGUUCGGACACGGUCAAAAGCGCGGUGGGGAAGAUGUACGAAAAGGAACACAUUCCGAUAGCUUAUCCGAUGCUGAUCUUUGAGCAGAAGCCACUCAUUGAUAAGCAGCUCACAUUGGCUGAGUACAAUAUCCAGGAUGGCUCCACCGUGCUCCUCGUGCGUGCCGACUAG